UUUAAUUUCCUACGAACACACGUCAGUACUCCUCCGUAUAUUCCUCAGUCCGGAUACCUCAUCUGAAUCUCUCUCCCGCCAUGAACGCCCUCUCCACUCUCUCUCCUCCGCACAUCUCCGCAUUCCAUCCCAGCAAAACCUCUCCAUUUCUCCACCCGGCCAAAACCCCUACUCCAACUCUAGUAGAGCCUCUACUAGGGUUUUGCUCCCUCAAACCCCUGCGCACAUCGACUCCAAACCACUCGCCGCACUUUCCGGCCUCCUACAAGUUCCCGAGGUCUCUCUUUCCCUCGGAGCCUCAAAUUUCCGAUGACUUUGAGGACGACGACGACGACGACGAGGAAGCUGCCGAUGAGUACGAUGACGUGCCCGGCGAGGUUCUGGACGGUGGCGAGCUGAGCGAAGAGGAUGAAGUGGAAAGUCCAGUUGAUGACGAUGACGAUGAUGGUGCAUUGGAAGGGAAACCUGUGUUUGAGGAAUUCAAGUGGCAGAGAGUCGAGAGGGUACUUAAUGAAGUUAGAGAGUUCGGUGAAGAGAUCAUCGACGUGGAUGAACUCGCUUCCAUUUACAAUUUCCGAAUUGAUAAAUUUCAGCGAUUGGCAAUUCAAGCGUUCUUGAGAGGCUCGUCGGUUGUAGUGUCUGCACCUACAAGCAGUGGCAAGACUUUGAUUGCUGAAGCUGCAGCAGUCGCAACUGUGGCCAGAGGAAAGAGACUAUUCUAUACUACUCCUCUUAAGGCAUUAUCAAAUCAGAAAUUCCGCGACUUCCGUGAGACGUUUGGUGUUGCCAAUGUUGGUCUUCUUACUGGUGAUUCAGCUAUCAACAAAGAUGCUCAGGUUAUAAUCAUGACCACUGAGAUUCUGCGGAACAUGAUGUAUCGGAGUGUUGGGAGGGUUUCAUCUGAAAGUGGGCUUUGUCAUGGUGAUGUGGUUGUUUUGGAUGAAGUGCACUAUCUAAGUGACAUGUAUCGGGGUACAGUUUGGGAAGAGAUAGUUAUUUAUUGCCCCAAAGAUGUACAACUCAUAUGUUUGUCUGCAACGGUUGCAAAUCCGGAUGAGUUAGCUGGUUGGAUUGGUCAGAUUCAUGGUAAAACUGAGUUGGUGACAUCAUCCAAGCGUCCGGUUCCAUUGAUUUGGCUGUUCUCCACAAAGGGAUCUUUGUUACCUCUUCUUGAUGAGAAAGGAACAAGCAUGAAUAGGAAGCUGUCUCUGAACUAUUUACAACAUUAUUCAUCUGGAGUCACUCCAGACAAGGACGAGGGGUCUAGAAGGAGGUCUUCGAGAAAACGUGAAAGCAACAUGAGCUACAGCACUCGUACUCAUAUGUAUGGACAAUCUUUAUCAAAGAAUGACAUGACCUCCAUUCGCCGCUCACAAGUUCCUCAAGUUCUAGACACAUUGGGCCACCUUCGCUCGAGGGAUAUGCUACCGGCAGUUUGGUUUAUAUUUAGUAGGAAAGGUUGUGAUGCAGCUGUUCAGUAUCUUGAAGAUUGCAAUCUCCUAGAUGAGUGUGAGAUGAGUGAGGUUGAAUUGGCCUUGAAGAGGUUCCGAAUUCAGUAUCCUGAUGCUGUUAAGGAGGCUUCUGUGAAAGGCCUUCUGCGAGGAGUUGCUGCGCACCAUGCUGGGUGUCUUCCGCUUUGGAAGUCAUUUAUAGAGGAGCUGUUUCAAGGAGGACUUCUGAAGGUUGUUUUUGCAACUGAAACACUUGCUGCUGGUAUAAACAUGCCUGCUAGGACAGCUGUUAUUUCAUCUCUUAGCAAAAGGAGCGAAAGUGGGCGUAUUCAAGUAAGAUCAAAUGAUUUGCUUCAAAUGGCUGGGCGUGCUGGACGAAGAGGCAUUGAUGAAAGGGGUCAUGUAGUUCUUGUGCAGACUCCCAAUGAGGGGGCUGAAGAAUGUUGCAAGCUUCUCUUUUCUGCACUUGAACCUCUGGUGUCACAGUUUACCGCCUCAUAUGGGAUGGUGUUAAAUCUUCUUGCAGGUGGAAAAGUUACUCGGGGAUCUAACGAUGCAGAUGGCAUGAAAGUUUCCCAACCAGGACGAACUUUGGAAGAAGCAAGGAAGUUAGUUGAGCAGACCUUUGGGAACUACGUGGGUAGUAAUGUUAUGCUUGCUGCAAAAGAGGAGCUUAGUAAAAUACAGAACGAGAUUGAAAGGCUCAGUUUGGAAAUCAGUGAUGAAGCUAUUGAUAGAAAGAGUCAGAAACUGUUACCGGAGAGGGCAUACAAGGAGAUCGCUGACUUUCAGAAAGAACUAAGGGAUGAAAAACGUGUACGUAGUGAACUCAGGAGAAGGAUGGAAAAAGAGAGAAUAUCUACUUUGAGACAUCUUCUGGAGGAAUUUACAGAUGGACAGUUACCUUUCAUGACUCUGCAGUACAGUGAUGCUGAAGGUGUUCAACAUUUAGUGUCAGCUGUUUAUUUAGGGAAGGUUGAUUCUCCAGAUGGCUCAAAACUUAAGGACAUGGUUUAUGCGAAUGAUUCUUUUGCAUUAAAUGUAGUAGGCCCAGAAUUCUACUGUGCUGACACUGAAAAGCGACAGAAAAUCGAGUUAUCUUAUCAUGUGGCCCUCGGUUCAGAUAAUUCUUGGUAUCUUUUCACAGAGAAGUGGGUCAAAAUGUUGUAUAAAACAGGCUUCCCUAAUGUUGCCUUGGCUCAUGGUGAUCCUUUGCCUCGAGAGACUAUGAGGAUGCUACUUGAUAAAGAGGAAAUGCAGUGGCAGAAACUAGUGAAUUCUGAACUUGGUGAUUUAUGGUGCAUGGAUGGAUCUCUAGACACGUGGUCUUGGAGCUUAAACGUGCCGGUGGUGAAUAGUCUUUCCGAAGAUGAUGAGGUGCAACAAUUUUCGCAAGAGUACCAUAGUGUACUAGAAUGUUAUAAGGACCAAAGGAAUAAAGUUGCGCGCUUGAAGAAAAAGAUCUCCCGCACAGAAGGCUUUAAAGAAUAUAAGAAGAUUGUAGAUAUGGCAAAGUAUAGUCGGGAAAAAAUUCGACGCCUGGAGGCUAGAUCAAAGCGCUUGAUUAGUCGGAUAGAGCAAAUUGAGCCAUCUGGCUGGAAGGAGUUUGUGAAGGUUAGCAAUGUCAUACAUGAAGCCAGGGCAAUGGAUAUCAAUACACGAAUGCUAUUUCCACUUGGUGAAACUGCAGCUGCAAUUCGAGGAGAAAAUGAACUCUGGCUUGCUAUGGUUCUUCGAAAUAAAAUCUUGCUAGAUCUAAAGCCUGCACAGCUUGCUGCUGUUUGUGGAAGUCUAGUUUCUGAAGGGAUUAAAGUUCGUCCUUCUAAAAAUAACAGCUAUAUGUAUGAGCCUUCCAAUACCGUGAUACAAGUCAUCAAUUUUUUGGACGAACAACGAAGCUUUCUUCUACAUCUUCAGGAAAAGCACAAUGCAACUAAAUCAUGCUGUUUGGAUAGCCAAUUUUCUGGCAUAGUAGAAGCCUGGGCUUCUGGAUUAACUUGGAGGGAAAUUAUGAUGGAUUGUGCUAUGGAUGAAGGAGACCUGUCUCGCCUCUUACGACGAACUAUGGAUUUAUUAGCUCAGAUUCCUAAGUUGCCUGAUAUCGACCCAUUGCUAAAAAGUAACGCAGUGACCACUUCCAACAUCAUGGACCGCCCGCCAAUAAGUGAACUGGCUGGAUGAAAAUUUAAGGCAUUCAAGGCAUACAUCUGUGAUAUAACGUCGUUUUCUCUGAGAGUCAGCAAGAUUCUCUCUCUACCAAAGGCAUUCUUUAUUAUUACUAAUGUGGUGGCAUUGGAGAGACCAACUGACUCAAGUUGGGGAAAUGAAACCUGACAUUUACUGCUUCGAAGAAGUCCUGAAUUGGUAGCAUGCCCCUAUGUGCUGCUCGAAGGGUUGCAUUAAGGUCUCAAUGUCGUCCAUGCAAAAAUUCAAGAUGAUAAAAACUUAGUCGAAGUAUGUUUGACAGAAAAGAUAUUGACGGUCUCUAAUUGUAUAUUCUCUUGUUACAAAUAUGCUUCAUUCAGAUUGUCCGAUCAACCUGAUUUUUUGCAUAAAGGAUGAGCACGUUGAGACUUCUGAAAUGUACUGCUCGGAUUGUCGAAUGAUACUAGAGAGAGAGAGAGAGAGAGAGAGAGAGAGAGAGAGAGAGAGAGAGAGAGAGAGAGAGUACAACUUAUUCAACUGGCUCGCAAAAAUUUGUGACUCUGGUGUCAGAAGUUUUGAGCAAGGCGCAGCUACAGAAGAGUUGUUUGUGGAGGAACGGUAUCCAAGUGAAUUCAAAGUUAAUUGGCAUCCAUCUUCAGAUGCUCGUCUGGCCCUUAGGGAAGGCUGGUGAGUAUGUUGUUAAACAUAUAAAGUUGCUCAUAAAGUUGAGCCGUGUAUUUAUUCAUUGCUCUGGAUGAUGAUGUAGGCAUAUUUAUUCUCUCCUUAUUAUGAUAUGGCUCGAGCAAUUUGUCCCGAACAGUUGCUGGGGAGAGUCUGUUUCCAUUUACUAUAUUUUGGCUAGUCUUGUGAAGAGAAUCUCUCUUUUUUCUUCUCUGUAUCAAAGUCAUGGCGGUUUCUGUGGUCCGGGGACUCUGGACCAGUUUCUUGUUCUCCAUGAUGGAUUAGUAGAAACUGUUUCAUA